AUGCCAUCGCUAGCAGUUGAUUUACAAUCAAAAUGACGCGAUCGGACAAAUAAAAGCAUGUGUUUCCCAAUAAAAUGGCCAAUUUAAGUUGAACCUUAUCAAGGGGAGGUUGUGUCUAAUAGAAAUAAUGGCGGAAGAAGCAGAAAGUGUUAAUAAUAAUGUGAAACGAAACAGCGCACGGGAUGUGCAGCAAACCUUUGCCGAAUCCCUUGGCUAUGGAAGUGAAAUUAUUUGGGAUCUAUUAUCAGCUGAACAGGCCGAUAUAUUGAAGGUCAAAAUCAAGAAUUUAAUACCAGAUCCUGAAGUGCCAGCCGGCCUGGAAGGCAAAGAAUUAGAAAAAGCACAAAAGAAGGUAUUGAAACAAAAAGCUGCCAAUGUAGAAUUACGUAAGGGUUUUUUCGAUGCCAUUUGGGUGCAGCGUAAAUACACCAAUCGCCAAUCGCUAACAUCAAUCUUCUAUGUUAUGGUUGCCACCGACGAAACGGACCACAUGGCGGCCAUAAAAUCUACGAAAUGGUCUUGUCAUCCUGUGGUUCGUGUACGACGUUGCAUUUCAAUUAGCGAAGAUAGCGGCAACAGCGCCGAUUGCUGCAUGAUCUUUGUGGACGAUAAUGGACGAGUGUAUCAGAACUGGAGCGCUUAUGUGGAGAAUAAUCAGUUGCCCAAGGGUAUCAUGGUUGCGCCACGUCGUGGUGUUUACAAUCUGAUCAACAAUGUGGUUCAGCUGGAGACAUGGCUAACGCCCGCUGCAACUACCAAAAGAAGGGUACUGAAUGCUGUGGAUACGACGUCGACUGCAACUGGCUUGGCAGCAGCCAGUGUGCCGCUGUUGGGUUUGCUUUCUGUGCCUAUUGCUGGUCCUGUGCUCGCUGCAGCCGGCUUUACGGCUGUAGUCUGUGGUGCUUAUGGACUGGGUCGCUCUGCCUCCCAACUGACGGAUCGCAGCAUUCAUGAGCAAUCAAUUAGUAUAACCGAUCCCACGGCCCGCGGUCAUUGGCUGGGCAUUGGGGGUGGCACUGUGGCAUUAGGUGCUGCGGGCGCCACAAGCUUGUUGACUGCCGCAGCCAAUGCAGGAAAAGAAGUGGGAGCUAUUACCCAGCUGACGGUCAAUACCAUGAACAUUUCCAGCAUUAUGAUAUCAGGAACGGGCCUGGCCCACGGCAUUGUUGAUCUGGUUUUGAAAUACAUAGAUGGCGACGAUAUCUCUGCCAUGGAUGCUUUACAGCUGUCCGCGUCACUGGUGCUGUUCACGCAUAGCGUCUACAAUUUCAAGCUCGCAUCGACGAUUAUUAAUGAAACAACCAAUAAUCGGAUAGGCGCUUAUCGCGAAACAUUGAGCAAUCGACAGAGACGUAUGUUUGACAAAUUGUCAAAGGAGACGAUACGCACCCGAGGUGCAUCCAAAGGCAAGCUGGACAUCAUUCGCAAUGUGAACGAGAUGCCAUCACGAAAGGAGUUCAAUGAUCUCUACAAGAUCAAUAAGGAAUUGAAUCGGAAAGGCAUUCGACCCACCUUCGAUUCGGAUGGCAAAGGCUUGAUAUUAAACAACGAGGUGAAAACUACUGGCGCCGAGUUGCGAGCGAACUUGCAGCACAAUAAGGGAACGGAUGUGCUUGGCAAGGUGACGCAGUCAAUCCCAGAGAGCCACAAAGUGAAUGGGCAGAUCUCUAUGCCAGCAUCAGCUCUGAGAGGUGAUGCCUGGCUAAAGCAACCAAUUCCAACGCUCACCAAUCAGGUGGAAAAUUCGAACAGCAAAUAUGGCGAGGGCAUUGAUGUGCUGAGACUCAGCAGUCUGGUGUGCAACGGUGUAAUGAUCACCCUUGACAGCUAUGGACCGUCGAUAUUCGAGCAUAUAGUUAAUGCAGAGAGCUUUGAAACGGCUCUGCUCUCCUUGGGGGACAUUCUGUCAGCCGAAGUAAUGAAAUACGUUCUGAGCAUGACAGAACAAUUCAUGCGAGAUAAUUGGCAAGAUAUAUAUAACGUGCUGAAUUUCUAUCUGGCCACCGAAACGGUGCUAUAUCGCAUUGGCGUACACAUUUUAGAUAAUUAUGCGGAAUAUUCGAUUGCUGAGCUGAAACAAUAUUUUUCGGAAAUAUUGUCCGCUGUGCGGGAUUACUUUUUGGCCCUAAAUCCUAAUGGUGGUACGCAAGAGCACAAGAAAUGUGAUGUCUGCCCGGGUUACUAUAGAAUAUGCGACUUAUAAAAUGGUCACAAACCAAAUUAAAAAUAUCUAUACUCAAAGUAAAA